AUGUCAGAUCCCAAUAUCUAUACAAUUGGGUGGAUCUGUGCCCUCAAAAAGGAGCUGGUUGCGGCAAAAUCAUUUCUUGACCAGGAACACCAACGCGCCAGCUACCUCGCCAAGCAUGAUAACAAUAGCUACUCGCUCGGUAGCAUGGAAGGUCACAAUGUAGUAAUAGCGGUCCUACCUGUCAGCGAGUAUGGAACCACUUCCGCGGCUACUGUCGCGAGAGACAUGGUGCACAGCUUUCCCAAUAUCAGGGUCGGCCUCAUGGUAGGCGUCGGUGGCGGCGCUCCAAGCGAGAAGCAUGAUGUACGUCUGGGAGACGUUGUUGUCAGCACGCCUCAGGGUGGACAAGGGGGUGUUUUCCAGUACGAUUUUGGUCAAACGAUUCAAAAUCAAGCCUUUCGGCACACCAGAUUCCUGAACCAGCCACCAACGAUCUUGCAAACGGCGACGAGUACUCUUCAGAGCAUUCACGAAGAUGGUGGCUCCCGGCUCGAAGAAGCGAUCAACGGCGUGUUAUUGAAAAGACAAAGGCUGCUGCCGCAUUACAGACGACCAGACCCCGGCAGCGACAGGCUGUUUCGCAGUGACGUGGUCCAUCCACCGGUUGAAGGCAGCUGUGCAGAGCUUUGUCCUGAUGACCCAUCGAUGAUGGUGGCUCGACACCAGCGAACGGCAGCAGAGGACAACCCGGCCAUCCACUACGGCAUCAUCGCCUCAGCCAAUCAGGUGAUGAAGGACGCCGUGAUCAGGGACAAGCUUGCGGCAGAGAAGAAUGUCUUGUGUUUCGAGAUGGAGGCCGCGGGUCUCAUGAACCACUUCCCCUGCCUCGUGAUACGGGGCGUUUGUGACUACUCGGACUCGCAUAAGAACAAAGAGUGGCAAGGAUAUGCAGCAAUGGCCGCAGCUGCCUAUGCAAAAGCUCUUCUUCAACAGAUUGUUCCUUCGCAGAUCGAGCAGGUGGAGAGGCUCAGCAAGCUACUUGCACAAAGUCAUUUUGACACGCUCAAAGUCCAUGACGGGAUAGCCAGAGUAGAUGGAAAGAUAGAUGCCAUAACAAACUGCCUUUCGACGGAACCCUGCGUUGUAGGGAGUGCCGCCUUCAACUCCUAUGACGAAUCGCACAGCUCAACGUGCUUGCCCGGAACCCGAGUUCAGCUAAUCCAACAAAUUCUGGGCUGGGUGGACAGUGAAGACGGGAAGCCAAUCUUUUGGCUGAAUGGAAUGCUUGGGACGGGCAAGUCUACUGUUUCGCGAACAAUCGCCCAAUCUCUUCACCAAGCCGGUCGUCUAGGAGCAAGUUUCUUCUUCAAGAGAGGCCACAGUGACCGACAAAACGCAGCAAAGCUCUUCACUACUAUUGCUGAUCAGCUUGCAAGAAUGCAGCCCGCCAUGUCCCAUCUUAUCAAACAUGCAGCCCGCGCCGACUCCAGUAUCGGAAGCAAGGGGGUAGCAGAGCAGUUCAACCAUCUCAUCUUACGCCCUCUAUCCACACUUCCUCAAGAGGAUUGGAGGCAUAAACAGGCCAUCAUAGUCGUCGAUGCUCUGGAUGAAUGCGAGCAGCAGGAAGACGCAGCAGAUAUUCUUCGGCUCCUGAGCACUGCUAAACCAUGGCUCAGAGUCUUUGUCACUAGUCGACCGGAGUUUACGAUCCAUCGAGGAUUAUUCAUGAUCGAAGGACAGUUUCAAAUGGUGGCUUGCCAUGCUAUACCGCAGUCCGUAAUUAAGCAGGACAUAAUGCUUUUGAUAACUCACCGACUCGACGAGAUCAGAGACAGGUUUAACAGAACCAAUCGGCGCCGGGCCCCCCUCGACCAAAGCUGGCCUCGCCAAGACCAUAUCAAUACUCUGGCGGAAAUGGCAACUCCGCUUUUCAUGUAUGCCGCCAUUAUAUGCAACUUCAUCGAUGAUAUAAACUGCGGAUAUCCCAAUAGCCAACUACGCAAAGUCCUGGGAUGGAGGGCUGAGAGCUCGAAGGCGAGCCCAGAGACUAAGCUUGACAAAGCUUAUUUACUGCUUCUUGACCAGCUGCUCGCCAACGUUGAUGAAGCAGAGCGGGAUAGGUUUCUACAAGAGUUUCGAGACAUUGUGGGCUCGAUCAUCCUCUUUAGUAGCCCUAUAUCGAUGCCUGUUCUGGCAGAGCUCCUCGGGCUCCCUCUUGAGAUUGUGGAUAUCAGAUUGGACAAGCUUCACUCUGUCUUGGACGUCCCACCGUCAAAUGACUCUCCCGUCAGGCUCCUGCAUGUGUCUUUCCGCGAUUUUCUCGUGAGGGAGAUGGGGAAGAAGCAUGCUUUCUGGGUUGACGAAGCAAAGACACAUGGCGCAAUAGCAGCUCGGUGUUUGCACAUACUAAGCCAGCAUUUCAAGUCAGAUUCACGACCAUCAGGAGAGGAGGUGUCUAUGAUUGACCGUGAAGAGGCAUAUGCAAAGAAGGAGGUACGAAUUGACGCAGUUGGGUACGCAUGCCUACAUUGGGUAUUCCACCUGCAAGGGGCAAAAGCGGACGGCCCUGACGGCUACAAAUCCUCUCUUUCGUUUCUCAAACAGCAUUUUCUUCACUGGCUCGAGGCCUUGAGUGAGAUGCAUCAAGUGCCAGAGAGCAUCAAGAUGCUAAAAAGUUUGCAGACUCUCUCACAGAUGAAUAACAACGUCGAGCUCUCUGCCUUUGUAGAUGACGCUCUACGUAUCCUGCAAGCCAACCUGCAGGUCAUCAUCGAUGAACCUCGCCAACUGUAUUCUUCCGCCAUUCUAUUUGCCCCAGAGGAAAGCAUCAUCAAAAAGCUAUUCAUGGGAUCUAUGAGCAUGCAGGUUUUACUCAAGCCAAAGGUCGAGAGCCGUUGGAAUCACUGUGUGCAAAUUUUCGAGGGCCACACCGGUCCAGUCCUGUGCGUGGCCUUCUCGCACGACUCUGUACAAGUGGCAUCCGCUUCGGAGGAUUACACUGUUCGAAUCUGGAACACUCGUACGAGCGAGAUCAAGAUUCUGAAGGGCCAUUCCCGCCCGGUUCAUGCCGUGGCCUUCUCUCGUGACUCAUCUCAUGUGGCAUCGGGUGCAGCAGACUCUACCGUUCGGGUGUGGCAUACUGAGUCAGGCAAUUGCGUCCAUAUACUUGACAGCGGUGGCAAGCAGAUUGAGUCUGUGGCGUUCUCCUACGAUUCGGCGCUCAUAGCAUCUGUUUCUCGAUGUGGCGUUAUUACUGUGUGGCGAGCCAACACCGACGACGACGAGCUCACAUAUACGAAAGAACAAGAAGGGACGAAUUUUGACCAUUUCACGGCCACCUCCCUGGCUUUUUCUCACUCUGAAUCUGGCAACAUGUUACAUACAGCACUGGCUAUAUAUACUGGGUCGAUCAAGCAGCUGCAGUUUGGUCAGAAUAUCUGUACCUUGGACCGGCAUAAGGGGCGUGUCAAGUGCAUGGGCUUUUCACAUGACUCGUUGCUCUUGGCAUCAGCCUCGGACGACUUGACGGUGAAGCUCUGGGGAACGAGAGAAGGUAAUUUGAUCCGCGAAUAUACAGACUAUCCGGGCAUAGUUACUGCUAUAGCCUUCUCUCACGACUCAUCACUCAUGGCAUUCGCUUCAGACGAUUGCGCCAUUCGACUACACUGCCCCGUCACGAUGAAUUGCGUCCAAGAGUUCAACGAUGUUGGCCGUCGGAUUACAUCUCUGGUAUUCUCGCAUGACUCUUACUUAUUAGCAUCGGCUUCAAGAGACCAUUCCAUCCAACUCUGGCAGACUGACAUAGAGCAGGGCUCUGGCGCGGGCAAAAGUGACACCGGUGGCUAUAGAAGCCAUGUAGUCUCCGUGGCCUUCUCUCAGGAUGGAUCGUUCAUGGGAUCGCUUUCAUACGGCCACACUGUCCAGAUAUGGCACACUGAUACCGGGGAAUGUCUCAGACAAUUCCAGGGCCGGACCCUCUCCGACGUCUCUCCGCGUCAGGAAAUUUUUCCUGUGAACUGCUUAACCUUUUCGUAUGAUUCGCUGUAUCUGGCCUUUUCUCUAGAGGAAGAAACUUUUACGAUAUGUGACAUUGAGAGUGGAGAGUUCGUACAGGAACUUGGAGGCCACAAGAGCUCCGUCACAUCCAUAACUUUCUCGCAGGACUCGAAGCUUGUUGCAAGCACGUCGGGAGCCUGGAUUCAUUUAUGGGACUUUGCAAAUGGCGACAAACGUCUGGUACUCAGAAGUCCAGCUAGGCCGUCUGCGAGAAAUUCCCGAUAUCAAGAAGGGCUAUUUAAUGGGGUGGCCUUUUCACAUGAUUCAUCGCAUGUGGUGGCUGCUUCAACCACCGGCCUCCAGCUAUGGCACCUUGAAACGAAAGAGUGUGUGCAGAUAUUCGGAGUUCAUCAAGCCUGCUUUGACUCGGCGGCUUUUUCGCACGAUUCGUCGCUCGUGGCCUCUGCUUCAAAUGGCAAUAUCCAGCUAUGGCGGAUCGAUACGGGGCAGUGUAUCCAAAAGUUUGAUGUCGGGAGUCGCGUCUUGAUAUCCCAAUUGUCGUUUACGCCUGAUGGCUUACACCUCCUCACAAACGUCGGCAUGUUUACCAGGGCCAACCAUGAGUAUACUUUCCAUGUUGACGGCUAUGGGUUCACCAGCAACUCCUCCUAG